GAGAAGAGUCGAGGAGAAGAAGCUAGGACCUUGGAGCACAUCGCGUGAAAUUUGACCGGGAAUCUCUUGAUUCUCGAGUGAUGACAGCUCCGGGAAGCGAAGACAUCGUCGUGAUCGAAAAGGCGAAAAAGGCGGGAGAGGCGCAUGUUAUCACCGUGAAUUGUCCAGACCGGUCCGGUUUAGGGUGUGAUAUUUGCAGAAUCAUUCUCGAUUUCGGGCUGAGUAUCAGAAAAGUAGAUGUUACAACAGAUGGAGUGUGGUGUUACAUAGUUUUGUGGGUCGUUCCUCAUUAUGAUUCUCUGAUAUUGAGAUGGUCACAUUUGAAGAACCAGCUUGCAUCUGUUUGCCCAUCUUGCUCGACCUACUUUGUGCUUAAUUUGAUGUCUCCUUGUACUUCAUCAACACAUGUUUACUUGUUGAAGUUCUUUUGCCUAGACCGGAGAGGACUCUUACACGACGUUACUCAAGUACUAACCGAGCUUGAGCUCUCAAUUCAAACUGUGAAGGUCACUACAACACCAGAUGGGAGAGUUUUGGACCUUUUCUUCAUAACAGAUAACAUGGAUCUUUUACAUACAAAAAAACGCCAAGAAGAGACACUGGAGCAGUUUCGUUCUGUCUUAGGAGACUCAUGUUUAAGCUGUGAAGUACAAUUGGCUGGUCCUGAGUAUGAAAAUCAUCAAAACAUUCCAUCUCUGUCUCCAGCUGUGGCUGAAGAGUUGUUUACGUCUGAGCAGCUCACCGAUGAAGACAAUCGUGUACAGGUUCUUAGUGAUGAUAUGAGAAAGCUAAAGAAUUUCACUGUCACAGUGGACAACUCCUUAAGCCCGGCUCACACGUUACUCCAAAUACGCUGCGUUGAUCACAGAGGCCUUCUCUAUGAUGUAUUACGAACCUUGAAAGACUUUGACAUUAAGAUAUCUUAUGGUAGGUUCUCGCCUCAAACUCAAGGUCAUAGGGAGCUAGAGCUAUUUAUUCAGCUGAAAGAUGGAAACAAGAUCGUGGAUCCUGAUAAGCAAGAUUCGUUAUGUUCACGUCUGAAAGCUGAAACGCUUCAUCCUUUACGAGUCAUCAUAACAAACAGAGGACCAGACACAGAGCUUUUGGUUGCUAAUCCAGUUGAGUUAUCCGGUAAAGGCAGGCCGAGAGUGUUUUAUGAUGUCACCCUUUCACUGAAAGUGCUAGGAAUCUGCGUUUUCUCGGCUGAAAUAAGAAGACACACGGCUAGUGACCGAGAAUGGGAAGUAUACAGAUUUCUUUUGGAUGAAAAUUGUGUGUUCCAGCUCGGUAGCGUUUCUGCUAGGAAUGAGAUUGCUAAUAACGUGAGAAGAACAUUGAUGGGUUGGUGAAUUGAUGACAUUGACAUUUGUAAUCUCUAUCUCGGUUUUAACAAGCUUUCAUAAAUCUGAACGUGGUUACAUCAGAGUGUAGAGGUGACCAAUAUGUCAAUCACCAUGAUCUUGCUUAGGUUUAUCAACUAUCAAGAGAAGGGACAAGAGAUCAAUGUUGUGAAUUUGUGAUCGACUUUUACAACGAAAAGAGCUGAAUGAAAAA